UCGUCUUCUCACUGCUCCUUCCACCAAACAACAAACACAUAGCUAACAAAGACUCCGUUUUCAUCUAUCAAUGGUGCCAGCAGCUGCAGCUUCUUCAGAUUACAUAAAACCCCAAGAUGUUUGCAUUGUUGGUGUUGCACGUACGCCGAUGGGUGGAUUUCUUGGUACUCUGUCAUCUCUAUCUGCCACUAAGCUAGGCUCUAUAGCCAUUGAAGCUGCUCUUAAAAGGGCUAAUGUUGAUCCAUCCCUUGUGGAAGAAGUAAUUUUCGGAAAUGUUCUUAGUGCUAAUUUGGGGCAAGCUCCUGCAAGACAAGCUGCUCUCGGAGCAGGAAUACCCAAUUCAGUAGUCUGCACUACUGUUAACAAAGUUUGUGCAUCAGGAAUGAAAGCAACAAUGCUUGCAGCCCAGAGUAUUCAAUUAGGCACAAAUGAUGUUGUUGUGGCUGGUGGUAUGGAAAGUAUGUCUAAUGUACCUAAGUACCUGGCUGAAGCAAGGAAAGGAUCGCGCCUCGGGCAUGAUUCACUUGUUGAUGGGAUGUUGAAAGAUGGGUUAUGGGAUGUCUAUAAGGAUGUUGGGAUGGGAGUGUGUGCUGAGCUAUGUGCAGAUAACCAUGCAUUUACAAGAGAUGACCAGGACAACUAUGCGAUUCAAAGUUUUGAACGUGGAAUUGCUGCCCAAGAUAGUGGUGCCUUUAAAUGGGAAAUUGUUCCAGUUGAAGUCUCUGGUGAAAGGGGAAAACCUUCAACAGUUGUUGAUAGGGAUGAAGGCAUAGGAAAGUUUGAUGCUGCCAAGUUACGCAAACUUCGUCCAAGUUUCAAGGAGACCGGAGGUUCUGUUACUGCUGGCAAUGCUUCUAGCAUAAGUGAUGGUGCUGCUGCAUUAGUUUUGGUGAGUGGAGAGAAAGCACUGAAGCUUGGGCUUCAAGUUAUUGCAAAAAUCACUGGAUUUGCUGACGCUGCUCAGGAACCAGAGUUAUUUACGACGGCUCCAUCCCGCAUUCCCAAAGCCAUUUCCAAUGCAGGGUUGGAGGCUUCACAAAUUGACUUUUAUGAAAUUAAUGAAGCUUUUGCGGUUGUGGCUCUUGCAAACCAAAAACUUCUUGGACUAAAUUCGGAAAAAGUAAUUGUACGUGGUGGAGCUGUUGCACUGGGUCAUCCUCUCGGUUGUAGUGGUGCUCGCAUUCUGGUGACGCUUUUGGGGGUAUUGAAGCAGAAGAAUGGGAAGUACGGAGUCAGUGGCAUUUGCAACGGAGGAGGUGGUGCAUCUGCCCUUGUUGUUGAGCUUUUGUAAGCCCUUUUUCAGAGCCAGCGUUUCGUGCAAAGCUCAAAG